AUGGCACAAAUAGUCCGAACUGCUCUGGUUGGCGACUUCAUGGUCGCUUCCGGGACGUCUGCGGCGUGCCCGCACGCGAGCGGCAUUGCUGCGCUCGACGCAUCUGAACUGGAGCCCGGCGAUGAUCAAGUCUGCCAUGAUGACCACGGCGAGAAGGGUGGACAACACGCUCCAGCCGAUCACCGACGCCAACGUCAACAUCAUGGCGAGCCCGGUUCCGGCCAUGUCGAUCCAAACUCGGCUAUGGACCCUGGCCUCGUCUUCGAUGUUGGGCCACGGGACUUCGUCGCGCUCCUCUGCUCCGCGAGGUACACUGAAUACCAUAUCUCCGGUGAUUUCCAACUACGCAAACCUGACCUUGUCAAGUGA